UGCUUAAUCCCUUUCUGUCAGCCAACCAGGCUUGUCCUCAUGCCAGCGCACAGUCUACAGUGUGUCACAUAUCUUCACAGGGAGAAGGUACGAGGCUGAGAGACGUCUUUGAAUAAACGGUGCGUUCAUGGAGUGACUCAUGAAGGGAGCUACAACACCGGGAUAAACCUUUUGUCCUUUACAGAGCACAGCUUGGACGACCUGAGCGACGGAGAUGCGAGCUGUGCAGACAUGCUGAAAGCAGAUCUUUGUCUCCUUCCAAACACCGCCAACAUGGACACAUUCACUCACCAGCGGAGGCUGAUAACUCGCUCCUGCAGUCUGGAGGACAAACUGACGAGGAGCGCCACUUUCCACGCUUUGACCCAAACUAACAACCGCAAGGAGGAGGACGGCUUGCAACGUGAACGACGCAUAACCGUUGCAUCAUAUAUGCCUCAGUCUACGGAUCAGAAUGGAAACUUCCCCGAGAAGGAAACCAACAAGAGAGAAUCCAAACGACUCCGUGAGAUGAACCCAGAGGAAGUCUGUCAGUGGUUCACGAGCAUCGGGCUGCAGAAAUGUCUCCCUUUCAUCAAAGAAGCCAAACUGUGCGGAGCAGACGUUGCGUCAGUGGAUUUGGACACUCUGGACGUCCUCCACAUCAACACGCUGCAGGAGAGAGAGCUGCUGCUGUCGGCCAUUUACAACGAGCUGCACCCUCCUAACACCGUCAGCCAGAGACUGGACUCUCUGCUGGAGUCUCUGGGCCCUGAGAAUGUCGAGGCAUUCACUGCAACGUUAGUGUCGAUGAGCAAGUCCAAGUCCUCUCCUCACGUGAGCUGCCUCAGCAUGAAUCGGCGUUCCCUCAAGCUCAGGAACAACAGCCAGAAUAUCUCUGCACAGAGGAACUCCCAGCUAAUAGAGAUCACCAUCAACGCAUCAGAGCGAAUCGUUCAUCUCAGAACCCCGAAGGAAACAACAGUUGGAAAAAUCAUGGACUCAUGUAUGAAGAUGUUGGGAAUGACGGAAGACAAGAGCCUCUUCAUACUGAAGGAAAAAGAAGAUUCAGCAGAGGACCUUCUGUUGGAGCAGCAGAUUGGGAGUCUGCUGACAUCGACUUCUGAUAACAGACAGCUGGAGCUCCACAUGUGCAAAAAGAUCUGGAUCUGA